AUGCAUGUGGAUGCGAUUUCCCAGCACAGCUGGCUCACCUCUGCGCUUUCCGCUGACUUCAAAGCUAAAGCCAUCGAUACCAAAACCAUGAUCGACUCAUUGCGAAUCCCCUUGUUCUAUGUCGGAAAUCCCGACUCGUCUACCACCCUUUGCAAAGAAACACUUGACGACAGUGAAAUCAUGGCUUCAGAAAUCAACAAAGACAGAUUCUACCUUGCUUACUACAGUCGCGACGGAUGGACUGGAUUGGAUGGUGAACAAAACCGAUUCGACGUCGGCUUCCUGGCCCUCCCUAAGAAUGCGGAUCCCAAGUCACCCGAGGAAACAGCGAUGGCAUUUCUUGCAUCUGGUGGACCGAUCAGCGGUGAGCUUGGGUAUGUCUACAGUGCAAAGCGCUGGCCCGCUGCUGCUAAAAUGCAGCGGCUUCACGGGCUACUUUAUCUCGGUAAACUCACUCACUCCCGGGACCAGGUAUGGGAAAUCAUGCAGAAGGUCCCUGUUGCACAAGGAAAGUAUUUUGACUGA